CGCCCCAGCCGGGUGCUUUUCGGUCGGGGCAGCAGCCUCGCACUGCCCGAGCUCCCGGGUCUCGGCGAGGGGGUUCCCGCCGGCGGCGGGGGAAGGCAGGGCGCCACGGCACGGAGGAAGGGAAGGAGCGAAAGGCAACUAGGAACAUUUGCCGAGGAAAUUCUACGGCGCGGGGUGCAGUCCCGCUUUCCGAGGAAAGCCCCGAGCGAGCCGGGGGGGAGGGACGCCCCCUCGUUCCCCUAAAAUGGAUCCAUUGCCUCUUGUCUGGGGAUUGCUAGCGCUGUGCCUGCCUGGACCCGGAGCGCUAGGAGAAGCAGUUCAGUCCUGUGGGGGUCGUUUGAAUUCGAAGGAGGCUGGUUACAUCACUUCACCUGGAUACCCACAGGACUACCCCUCCCACCAGAACUGUGAGUGGAUCAUUUACGCCCCGGAAGCAAAUCAGAAGAUUAUCCUCAACUUCAACCCUCACUUUGAAAUUGAAAAACAUGACUGCAAGUACGAGCCUCCCUCCUCUUCUUCUUUACUAGAUAAGCUGCUCUUCUUCCUCUCUUAAUCUAGUAACAUGAGGACCAAUCAUUCCCAGAAACAGGAAACUGAGUGGCGGUUCCUGUCUCCUAAGCAUACCUCAUUAUAUCACCGUCCUUCAAAGUAAGCAGGUGUCUGGCUUACCUUGUAGCAGGCUGUUGUGUGACUCCGUCACACGCAAAGGGAAAGUGAAUUCCAGCCUCCGGUAUCUGAUACAUAGUGCUCCUUGGCUCAUGGGAAGUAUUAGUUUGGUUUCCUGUCCUGCUGCUGAUUCUGCUGCACUUGGUGAAUUGUGAUUUUUAAGGAGAGAUCAGGAAGCAGGAUAUCCAGGAAAAUCAAUUAGCAGCUAGUAAAUAAUUAACAGCAUCAGUGGGCACCAUGGAAGGCUGAAUUAAUGAUGUGUCUCUGUGGAUGUAUAAUCCAGUACAUACCCUGGGGAGCCCAUGACCAACUAUUGGGAUGUUUGAAAUGUGGAAAAGUUUAGGGUCUCCUAAAAUGGGCUGAGUUUUUUCACACACAGAUUCCCUUUGAUUUAUGAAAGUAUCCACAUAUGAGACUAUAGCAGGGGUGGGCAAUACAG